CCGCAGCUCCCGUAAGGACGUAGCCACUUCCUCAUUCGCAAGCUUGUAUGAUUUUGGACUGAAGUUCCAAUGCACAAUCUGAGUUCAAGCAUAGCAUCCUUUGUGGUGGAACCACGCUAGUUGAUCAAACCUUCUCCGAUAUCUCUCUUAGCUUUCUGCACUACAGUGUGGUAAUUUCAUGAUCACAAGGUGUUCGAGGGAAUGCGUAGAUGGGAAUUAUGUGUAGGCUGUCUUUAGCAAGAUAACAUAAAUAAUAGUGUUUCGCUGCCUUUGGUGAUGGGGAGUGAGGUGGAUGCAGUAAAGGAGGCCCGGAUAGUUGAUGCCCGGGCAAGAAACAUCAGUCAUAACGUGAGGUGCACAGAAUGUGGGAGUCAGUCCAUUGAAGAUUCUCAAGCAGACAUUGCAAUUCUACUUAGAAAGUUAAUUCGCGAUGAGAUUCGUAGUGGGAAGACAGACAAGGAGAUAUACAAAAAGCUUGAGGAAGAAUAUGGGGAAACUGUACUCUAUGAACCAAAAUUUGAUCUGCAGACUGCAGCUUUAUGGCUAUGUCCUAUCCUAGUUGCAGGUGCAGCAGCUGGAGUAUGGGCUUACAACAAGCACAGAAAGAAGACAAAUGUUCAUAUCAUGGCUUUGAACCUUAUCAGAGGCGUUCCAUUGACCCCAAAAGAAAAGCAAACCAUGCUUGAUCUCCUUACACCACCUCCAUCUCAGAAUUCAAGAACUCCCUUCUGGUGGAGGAGAUGGUGAGGUUAAUGAUCUUAUUCGCUAUCGGCUUUCGUGACUUGGAUUGAUCCCUGCAUCACUAUGAAGUUAAGUUUUAGUUAGAGACUCGUAUAAAAUAAUGACUACUUUGAAGAAUUUUAGAAAUCAUAAUUUCUCUCAGGGUCGGAUACUAUCAGUGUAGUUUUGUAAAGUUAAAGCUAAUAUAUACUGUUCUGAUCUUUCACGUAAGAGCUACUUAAUU